CAAGUAGGUUCAAUUCACAAAGCUUGUGCGAAACUGCAGCUGUCUAGAUGUUUAGGCUGUUGAUUAUCAUCUUCAAAUAUACGUUUUCUUUCCUUGUGGUAAAAUAGGAUUAUAUUUGGUGUUUAAGUUGUAUAACCAAAAAGACAAAAAGAAAUGAAGUUAUCUUAAUUUACGAGCACCUGACGGAGGGUGCAAGCACAAGAGAUAAAAUGAGCGUGUUUUAAACAUGUCUGACGUAGACCUCCAAAUGCACCGAGUCCACUCUAUGAUGAUUGAAGAUGAUAAAAAAAGGACGAGGAGAACUAGAAUUACAUUGAGGGAAAUUGUCACAUAGUCCAAAGUAGAGGGGUAUUUUUUACCCUUUUCCCUAAAAAAAAAUAAGUAUAAUUGGAAAUUGUGCUCUUUCGGGUCAGGAGAUUCUUAUAUAUUUACCGAAAAUCAGAGAAACACAUUUUUUGCCGCCAUUUCAAUCAGAAUUAAAACAUAAAGCAGCAUUAGUGCAAUAACAGAUUAUAUGAUCGAUAGAGAAGCUUCAAUUCGAAAUUUUCGUGCUAGGGUUUCAAUUCCAUAAGAGCCUUACAUUUUCAAAUUCGUCAAGUUAUUGAGCCCUUCUGAAGGUGAAAAUUUGUUUUGUUCUGAUUUUUCAAAUUCGAGUGCAUGGGAUCAGAAAUGUUAUGCUCAGAACUUUGAAUGAUUCCACAACUUUGUAUAACGUGCUAUGAAAUUGACAAUCAUCUCUGAAGGUUGAGAUGAGAUGCAAUGCUUGCUGGCGAGAACUGGAAGGAAAGGCCAUCACUACCACUUGUGGCCACGUCUUCUGUCAGAAUGAUGCUAGCAAGAUUCUCAGCAAUGAUGCCGCUUGUCCUAUCUGUGAUCAAGUUCUGUCUAAAAGUCUCAUGAAACCUGUGGACAUCAAUCCAGGCGAUGAAUGGAUAAAUAUGGUCAUGGCUGGAAUUACACCACAGAUAUUAAUGAAGAGUGCCUACAGAAGUGUGAUGUUCUACAUUGGGCAAAAGGAAUUGGAAAUGCAGUUCAAGAUGAACAAGCUAGUAGCUCAAUGCCGUCAGAAAUGUGAGAUGAUGCAGGAAAAAUUCUCUGAAAAGUUGGAGCAAGUACAUACUGCAUACCAGAAGGCGGCUAAAAAGUGCCAAAUGAUGGAACAAGAGAUUGAGAGCUUAUCUAAAGACAAGCAGGAACUCCAAGAAAAAUUUGCUGAAAAAUCCAGGCAAAAAAGAAAACUUGAUGAAAUGUAUGAUCAGUUGAGAAAUGAAUAUGAUUCAGUAAAGCGCACAGCCAUUCAGCCAAGUAAUUUCUUUUCAAGACCAGAGCCUGAUUUGUUCGCAGAUCCUGCUAAUAUGAUGGAUAACAGAGAUAAUAUGAGAAAAGAUUGGUCGGUUCUCACUCCUGAAACUCCAGGACCAAGAGAAGACAUAUGGCCACCAGCAAGACAGAAUAAUUCCAACUCUGGGCCUUUCGAUGUCUCGGGUGGCUCCCCUGUAAGACAGUCAGCGAUACCAGUGGAUGCUGGAAACAGACGAGCAGGUGGACGUCCUAUGCUUGGCGUGGCAACUGGAGCAAGCAAUCCCUCAAUGACCCUUAGGAAUCUCAUCCUAUCACCAAUUAAGAGACCUCAACUCUCCCGCAACAGACCACAGAUGUUCACGUUUUAAGUUGGGAGAUCUGUCAAUUUCAAUAGUGUGGAGAAAAAUAUGCUUGAGAUGCAACGAUGGAUCAGGUUUCCUCGACGUUUUCAUUGGGAAAUUUUUCUGUGAAUUAAAGUGCCAGAUAUUGAAAUGCUAGCUGGCUUUUCUUUUGUGGGGAGAAAAGUAAAGAUGAUGUAGAGUAAUGUUUCAUAGUUUACGUACAAAUAGAUGAUGUGAUAUGCAGUUUAAUACUUGCAACUUCUCUUGCACUACUUAAGUGUAGCAUUUGCCUCUUUCUUACUUGAGGAUUCAGAAGUUGACAGUCUGGAAAAUGGAAACACCACCUUCCUUGUGCUGUAAAUUACCAGUACUCUUUAGAUUACAUGCUGCUAACCUACCAAAACAUUUCUUUUGGUAUUUAUGUGAUCUCAUGAUAUCACGUGGGAAGGCAAGACAACAUUCGAAAUUGGAGCUUUUGGGAGUGAUUGGCAAAAACUUACCCAUACCUGCACCAAAUUGUAUUAAUUUAUCACGAUUAAGUGAUAAAUUGAGGUCAUAGUAUGCAUUGAUUAAUUACAGUUUAGUGAUAGUAGUGUAUGUAAAAAUACAUGUUAUGUAGCAUUCAUUGGAUUGGUGUAAAUAUCGGGUGUGGUUAAGUUUUCUCAGGACGAGAUA